GAAAUCUAUAAAUUUGCUAAAAAUCUAUAAAAUAAAAAAAGGAAGACCCUAGGAAAAUAAAAGCCGUCGUCGGAGAGCACAACAAUCGACCUCUUUCUCACGAUCAGCCUUGGCGACUUUUUUGGGAAAGGGUUGAAUAGGUUUUACCUGCUGACCUUGUUUAAAAAGAAUGCCAGGCAUACCUCUCUCCAAUGACCCUCUUCACCCUAGAGGUGUAGAUCAAAUGUAUCAUGACGGUUCUCAUGUGCAUUUGUCCGAGGAAGAUCGAAUUGCAGCUGAACAGAGCUUUUCAAUUUAUUGCAAGCCUGUAGAGCUGUACAAUAUCUUACAGCGACGUGCAGUUGAUAGGCCAUUUAUUCUUCAACGGUGCUUACGUUACAAGCAACAGGUGAAGACCAAUAAAAAAAUUCAAAUGACAGUAUAUCUUUCAGGAACGGUAGACGACAGAACGAAAACUCAAAUUCCGUUUCCCAUGCACAUACUGCUGGCAAGGCCAAUGAGUAGCAAUGCAGAGAAUUCUGCAGUUUAUCAAUUCAGUAAGGUGUGUGUAUUGACCAGCUAUACGGGAAUGAAUGAGGUGAAUCAAUCUAGAGUAAAAUUUAUUCUUCCUGAGAUGAAUAAGUUGUCAGUGGAGAUUGAUUCUGGAAAAAUUUGCAUCUUGUUCAUCAGCUGUGCCGAAAGUUCAAGUCUUGAAUCUCAAGAUGAUUUGACAGAGACUGCAGUAUAUACCGGAGGUUCUGGCCUGGUCGGAAAGAUCUCUCUGGAGAUGUUACAUUUGUCAUGGGAGGAGUCCCCCAGCUUGGCUUUAGGAGAAAGAGUUGAACUUUUUACAACUGUGGACAUGAAAUCUUGUAUUGUGAAGCCAAGUUUCGUUGAUAAAAAGUUGUGCAUCUCAUUUCAGAAUUUCUCGAGUUCUGGAGACGCUAGCACACCCCUGCAACUGCCGGUCUACAUUUCAGUAAAGGAAGUCGGGGCAAGAGAAAAAACUCCUAAUGGUCUUAGGUUAAGGAGUGGAAAUGUUAUAUUCAGCUACCGGUACUAUAACAAUAAAUUGCAUAAAAUUGAAGUAACUGAAGAUUUUUCAUGUCCAUUUUGCUUGGUCAAAUGUGCAAGCUUUAAGGGUCUAAGACAUCACUUACCCUCUUCUCAUGAUCUGUUUAGCUUUGAAUUCUGGGUAGAUGAAGAGUAUCAAAUCGUGUUUAUAUCUUUUGAUACUGAUAAAUGGAUAUCUGAGAUUAACGGUGACGGCCUAGAUCCUAAGCGGAAUACGUUUAUCUUUUGUUAUAAGCCCCUAAGGCGCAGAGAACCAAAGAGCUUACAUCAGUAUGCAAAGCACGUCCAUCCCUUCUUCCUAGAUUCUGAUUCACCAGCAGCACUUCAUGGAAGUAGGGAGGAAAACGAUGGCGUUGUUGACUGUAUGGAAUACAAUACAUCUAGUGCAAAUGCAACAGGAUGUUCUAGUGCUUGUGCCUCAGCUCACUUGUACCCAGAUCCAGAAUGCAUUCAGUCAGUUUCCAUAAGCAACACUUCACCUCCUUCCAUGCUACAAUUUGCGAAGACACGGAAGUUAUCACUUGAGAGUUCUGAUCUUAGGAAUCGAACACUACUGCAGAAGAGACAGUUUUUCCACUCGCAUCGUGCCCAGCCAAUGGAGUUGGAGCAAGUAUUAUCAGAUCGUGACAGUGAGGAUGAAGUCGAUGAUGAUGUUGCAGAUUUUGAAGAUCGAAGGAUGCUUGAUGAUUUCGUGGAUGUUACCGAUGAUGAGAAGGAUAUGAUGCAUCUUUGGAAUUCUUUUGUGAGAAAGCAAAGGGUUGUGGCAGAUGGCCAUAUUUCUUGGGCUUGCGAAGCAUUUUCGAACUUCCAUGGGCGGGACCUAGUUCAGGCACCAGCUGUACUUAGGUGUUGGAGACUAUUCAUGAUCAAACUGUGGAAUCACGGGCUUCUGGAUGCACGCAUCAUGAACAAAUGCAAUAUGAUACUUGAACAGUGUCAGAACCAGGAUGCAGAGCCUAAGAGAAGCUGAAGCAGCAAUUCUAAUUAUUAAUUAAAUUUUCCGUAGCAAGCCAGUUAGGGCAAGGAAGUUAUACAUAUAAUAACUUACAGGUCUGUGUAUUCAGCAUGUAGUAGUUAUCAGCAAAUUUACAAGAAACAACUGUAAUCUAGAUUUAUGUAUAAGAUGGGAAGUCAAAUGGUUCACCCUGGAUUUCUCAAAUCAAGCCAUUAAUAAAUAUACUAUAACAGCA